AUGCAACAAAUCUUUCAAAAUAUUGUUGAUCAAGGAGAAGCAUUAUACCCUUUAUUGUUGGUAAAUCGUUACUGGUGUAAAAAUGUUGUGCCAUUCUUAUGGUCACGACCUUUUGAGAAUUUAUUACCCGAGAAUAGAUUUAAAAUCAUGUGCAUUUAUCUAUCUUCUCUUGAUGAACAAGAACAAUUAAUAUUAUCUUCUGCAUUAAAGCAUUAUGAUAUUAAUUUGCCGAAAAUACAAAAACCUUUAUUUAAUUAUCCCAUAUUAUUAAAAGAAUUUUCUUUCAAGAAUUUAGAAAUGAUUGUACAUUCAUUUGUUUAUAGAUGGAGUUGUGAUCAUUGUACCAUAAAAGAUUUAGACGAACAAAUGAAUAUAAUAACUUCUUCUUUAUGCAAGUUAUUCUUAAAACAUUCCACAAGUUUAAGAUCAUUUAAAUUAGAUAAAUUUCUAACCCAUUGUGAUAUACCAGAAUGUAAUAAUAUUUUCGAUUAUAACUUUAAUAACUUUAAUAAUAUUUAUAAUAAUUUCUCGGAUUUAUUAAAUAUUUCAAAACUUGAAAUUGAUUAUACAACAACUCCAAUUAUGAAAAAUUCUAUUCAAAUUUUAAAUAUAAUUUCAAAAUUAUGUAAACGAAUUAGAAUCUUGGAUGUUAAAAUUCCCCCUUUUACUGAUAAAAUUCCCGAAAUUACCAAAGGAAUUAUAAAGAUUAUAAGAUCACAAGAAUGUUUAAAAGAAUUUAAUCUUGAAGGUGUGGAUAGUGAAGAAUCUAAAGAAAUUAUUUUAGCACUAAGAACUCAAGCCGCAACUUUAAAUAUAGUUAAAUUUGAGAAUAUUAAUUUAACUACGUCUUCAUUAUUAUCUUUAACUUAUUGUACUAAUUUAGAAAUAUUAUCAAUGUUAAAUUCAUCAGGAGAAGAUUCAUUACAAGAUAUAACUUUUGAUGUAAUAACACAUGAAACUAUUAAUUCAAUAAUACAAAAUUGUCCAAAUAUCAGGAACUUAACAUUACUCAAUUAUCAACCUAGACAACAUAAUCCUCUUUUAAAUUCUUUAUUUCUAAAUUUAAUUCAUAUCACACAUCUUACACUUCAAAUUAAUCAUAAGAAUAUGAGUUAUGAAAAUAUGAUUAUUUCGGGAAAAAAUUUACCUCCAAAUUUAGAAUAUUUAAAAUUAAAAUGUGGUUUCACUUCUGUACAAUUAGAUGGAUUAUUAAAUGAUUGUGGAGAAAAUGCUAAAUUAAAAGUUUUAAUUAUUGAUUUUAUGAAAGUUCUAUACAUGGAUCUCAAAGUUAUAAUGAAAUUUGUAAAGUGUAGAAGAACAUUAAAAUAUUUGGGAAUUAAUGGACGUGUAGGAUGGGGAGGAAAAGAAAUGAAGGAAUUAGAAGUUCUCAAAGAAAAAUUCGGUGUUCAUGUUAUUCCAUGGUAUGAAGUUGAUAAGUGGUAA